UUUUGUUUAUGUGUUUGCAUUUUGAAUUUUUGAAAUUUUAUCUGUUGUAAAUUCUCAUUCAAAAACCAGUUUAUUUUUGGAAAAAAAUUGAAGUAAUAACUUAACUUUGACACAUUUUAUUUUGAAAAUUAUUUAUGUUACACUAUGAAACGUUGCCAUUCGACUAGUAAAUCGGAAUUACACGCGACUAGGCCGGAAACUGCCGGCAAAACUACGAAAACUUUAAAAAAUUCUAGUCAAACUCCGCAGUGCAAAGACAGGAGGUUUUCUUCUGAUAAAAUGGUCCAUACGAAUUAUCAGAAUGUUAGAAGGGGUACGGCUAGUAAGCAGCAAAAUGUUUUACCAGAAGCAAAUAGUUCCUCAAACAUGCUCCACUUUGAAGAAAUUCCAUUAGAAGAACAAGUAAAAACAACCCCAAAACAACGUUCCAAAUCUACAGUCAGCGACCGUCAACCGUGGGGCCAACUACUAAACAAACACACCAACUCAGAAAACGAAUCCGUAUUCGGCAAAUUCGAUCCUCUACGCACUCUGCACUUUUUAGCUCGAGAAUUACAAACCAAUCUCACAAUAAGACUACCAGGCGAAACAAAUCUACAAGAAAUUUUGAAGGCAAUGCAAGCCGCCCUUAAACGAAUCCCUCCUGAAGUAGCUUCCCUCGUACACUUACAACAAUUCAAUAUUUUGCCAAGCCCCAGUUAUUGUACCAGUCCAAAUCAAAAUACUUCAGAAUCUAAACCCGAACUUGAAGAAAUCCAAAAACUAAUCAAAGACGGCACCAAAAAACUAGAAGACACCUGUACCCAUUUGGAAACAAUUUGCGGCGAUUUACGUGACGAAAAAAUCAAUCUAGAAUCAAAACUGCAACAAGAACAAAGCAGCCUAAAAUAUUUGCAAAUAAGACUGGAAGAAAUGGAACGUUCCAAUACCCAAUCCAUGCAAAACUUGACCAAAAAAGAAGACGAAAUUUGCCAACUGAAAUCAAGCAUUGAAAACUUAGAAGCACGACUUCAAAUUUCGGGCAACGGUAACCUUCAAAGUCAACUGGCCGAAUUGAAAAGUUCUAAUUCGUAUAAGGAGCAGCAUUGUUUGAAGUUGGAACACAAACUCAGAUUGUGCGCCAUUGAAAAGGAAAAGUACUUGGCUAUUUUGGAGGUGCGGGAUCGGCAAAUUUACGAGAUCCGGCACGAAAUGACUCAGUUGCAAGAGAGCGUUAAUGAGCAACUGAUUGAGUUGCACAAUUAUGCUUUGGCGUCUGUACCAGCGGAACCGCAAGUUGGAGAUUGCAGUUCGAUUUGGCUCAACAAAAACGAAGAUUUGGAGGGAGAGAAUGUACACAAAAUGCCUACUCGUGACACUUAUUAACUACUCUUCACCUGAUAAGUAUAUGUAUUAUAUUUUUUUUGUACACUAAAUUAUUUUUGAAUAUAUUUUUCUCAUUGCGGAAAUUAAU